UGCGCUGAUUGGCCCGCUGCUGUCAUGUGGCCAGGAAACAGCGGAAGAAGAGGACUCCGCAGCAGAAAAGAAAGCAUCACUUGCAGCCGUCAGGAUGCAGAGCACUACCAACUACCUGUGGCUCAUCUCCGACCUGCUGGGUCAGGGAGCCACGGCGAACGUUUACCGCGGCAGACACAAGAAAACCGGCGACCUGUACGCCGUCAAAGUUUUUAAUAACCUGAGCUUUCUGAGGCCGCUGGACGUCCAGAUGAGAGAGUUCGAGGUUCUGAAAAAACUCAACCACAAGAACAUCGUCAAACUCUUCGCUGUGGAGGAAGAGUCUAACACCCGUCACAAGGUCCUGGUGAUGGAGUACUGUCCCUGUGGGAGUCUCUACACGGUGUUAGAGGAGUCGUCCAAUGCUUACGGACUUCCUGAGGACGAGUUUCUUAUAGUUCUGCACGAUGUGGUGGCAGGUAUGAACCACCUGAGAGAGUACGGUAUCGUCCACCGGGACAUCAAACCAGGAAACAUCAUGCGUGUGAUCGGAGAGGACGGACGCUCCGUCUACAAACUGACAGACUUCGGAGCAGCCAGAGAACUGGAGGACGACGAGCAGUUUGUGUCUCUGUACGGCACCGAGGAAUACCUGCAUCCCGACAUGUAUGAGCGAGCCGUGUUGAGAAAAGACCACCAGAAGAAGUACGGAGCCACGGUCGACCUGUGGAGCAUCGGGGUCACGUUCUACCACGCCGCCACGGGCAGCCUGCCGUUCAGACCGUUCGAGGGGCCGCGCAGGAACAAAGAAGUCAUGUAUAAAAUCAUCACAGAGAAACCGUCCGGGACGAUCUCCGGACAUCAGAAGUGCGAGAACGGGAAGAUCGAGUGGAGCACGGAGAUGCCGGUGUCCUGCAGUCUGUCCAAGGGUCUUCAGAGCCUCCUGACUCCGGUGCUCGCCAACAUCCUGGAGGCUGAUCAGGAGAAGUGUUGGGGCUUCGACCAGUUCUUCGCCGAGACCAACGACAUCCUGCACCGGACUGUCGUCUACGUGUUCAGUCUGCAGCAGGCCACGCUGCAUCACGUCUACAUCCACGAAUACAACACGGCGGCGCUCUUCCAGGAGCUGCUGUCGCGCAGAGCCAGCAUCCCGCUGCACAACCAGGAGCUGCUGUACGAGGGCCGCUGCCUCGUCCUCGACCCCAACCGCCAGGCCAAGACCUUUCCCAAGACCUCCAGAGACAAUCCCAUCAUGCUCGUCAGCCGCGAGUCCGUCGCCACUGUGGGACUCAUCUUCGAAGACCCUAGUCCUCCCAAAGUUCAGCCUCGCUACGAUCUCGACCUGGACGCCAGCUACGCAAAGACGUUUGCAGGUGACGUUGGACAUUUAUGGAAAACUUCAGAGUCUCUGCUGGUUUAUCAGGAGCUGGUGCGGAAAGGAGUUCGAGGUUUGAUCGAGCUGAUGAAGGAGGACUACAGCGAGAUUCAACACAAGAAGUCUGAGGUUUUCCAUCUGUGUAACUACUGCACUCAGAUCCUGGAGAAGACCGAGCAGCUGUUUGAGGUGCUGAUGCAGGCCAACAUGAUGUCAUCAGAGUACGACGAGAUCUCCGACAUGCACAAAAAAAUUCUCAGAAUCUCCAGCUCUCUGGAGCCCAUCGAACGGACAACACAAGACAUCAAGAGUAAGUUCAUCCCUGGAGGCCUGUUGACCGACGGCUGGACACAACAAGUGGGGACACACCCCGAGGACAGGAAUGUGGAGAAAAUCAAAGUGCUGCUGGAUGCCAUCACAGCCAUCUACCAACAGUUCAAGAAGGACAAAGCUGAGAGACGUCUGCCCUACAACGAAGAACAGAUCCAUAAAUUUGACAAGCAGAAGUUGGUGCUCCACGCCAGUAAAGCCCGGUCUCUGUUCACAGAGGAGUGUGCCAUGAAAUAUCGCCUCUUCAUCUCUAAGAGCGAAGAGUGGAUGAGGAAGGUUCAUCACGUGAGAAAGCAGCUGCUCAGUCUGUCUGGUCAGCUGAUCAGCAUCGAGAAGGAGGUGACGAUGCUGAUGGAGAGAGCCAUCAAGCUGCAGGAACAGCUGCCUCAGAAAGUUCUUCCUCUGGUGUCCAGUGGGAUGAAACCUCAGGCCUACCUGAGUCAGAACACACUGGUGGAGAUGACACUCGGGAUGAAGAAGCUGAAGGAGGAGAUGGAGGGCGUCGUCAAAGAGCUGGCAGAGAACAACCACUUCUUAGAGAGAUUCGGCACUCUGACGCUGGACGGAGGGCUGAGGGGUUAAGAGUCGGACAGUUAGAGAGACGUGGACAGGACCUUUGGAGACGCUGCGUUGUUUUUGUCACGGGAAGCGUCUGCAGCCAUGUACAUACUAUGUGUGUUUAUCUUGUACAUAAUGUGACUGUAAGAUGGAGCUUUUUUACCUAAUGAUCAGUAAAGGCACUCUGUGAAACAGUAAUCCCUUAAAACACGCUUUUAUUAAUCCUUUAUUGUAUCCUCCUGAACACAGCAGACGCCCUUAUCUGAGUUAAGGUGUUUCCAGAGGUCCCUUGAAAACACUUGAAAUUUUAAAACAAAUUAAGAAACAUGGAAAACACCUCAAUUUAGGCAAAUGUGUUUGGUGUGUAUUCAAGGGCUAGUUAAGGAUUAUUUAAGGGGUUUUUAAGGAAUGAAAGGUUGUAUCAUAAUGAUUGGAUGGUAAUAAACUAAGGUACUUGAAUGGGUUUUCCUGAAGAGGUACAAACCCCUUAAAAUGAACGAAGUGACAUUAUAGGAGCUUUUUAAUUUGGACUUAAAAAGGUCCUUAAAUUUUCAAUAAAGGGGUGGAAAAAAAACCUUAAAAGGAAGGCCUGAAUUUUCACCUUAGUUGAAACAUUCUGACUUAAGGGAUGGCUGUUUUGUUAUUUUGUCAGUUUCAAGGGGUUUAAGCUCCUUAAAAUGCACCUUAGCUGUGCAGAUAGUCCAUUAAAAAUACCUUAAUUUAUUACAAACCAUUAAUUAUCUCCUCCCUUAGAGUCUAAAAUACCUUAAUUUCUUCGGGUAAUGGUGAAAAUAAUAAGGGAUUCAUUUGAGAAAUGCUGAUUACAUUUGCUGUUUAUUUAUUAUUAGUAAUCGAUUACGUUGAUCAGCUUGUCAUAGAUGAGGAAGUCGCUGGUCAGUCAGUGGUAACAUGCAGAAAAAAUACCUCUUCACCUUCAUCAGUCCAUCAGUUCAUCUUCAUCUUUUACUCUUUAGAAUAUGUUGUUUUAUUUUCGUCAGUAAUCAGCAUUUAAAAUGCUCAAUGACUUUAAAAAACCUGUAAAUAAAUAAAUAUGUUAUCAAAGAUGA